CCCCCCCUCCCCUCUGCCCCCGGCGAAGGAGACGGAAGCGGCUGCGGACCGACGGGACCCGAACUGGAGCCGCUCCCCCUUCCCCCUCCCCCGCCUCGUCCCCCUCGCCCCGGCCCGGGCCUCGCAUCCCCACUAAGAUGUCGGAAGAUCUGGCUAAGCAGUUAGCGAGUUACAAAGCUCAGCUUCAGCAAGUUGAGGCUGCCUUGUCUGGAAAUGCAGAAAAUGAAGAUCUCCUCAAACUGAAGAAAGAUUUACAGGAAGUCAUAGAAUUAACCAAAGAUCUCCUUUCAACACAACCUUCGGAAACUCUUGCAAGUUCUGACAGUUCUGCUUCUGCUCUGCCCAGUCACUCCUGGAAGGUUGGGGAUAGGUGUAUGGCAAUAUGGAGUGAGGAUGGACAGUGUUAUGAAGCUGAGAUUGAAGAGAUAGACGAGGAGAACGGAACCGCUGCGGUCACCUUUGCGGGGUACGGCAACGCCGAAGUGACGCCUCUCUUCAACCUCAAGCCUGUGGAAGAGGGAAGGAAAGCAAAAGAGGACAGUGGCAACAAACCCAUGUCCAAAAAAGAGAUGAUAGCCCAGCAACGAGAGUAUAAAAAGAAGAAAGCUUUGAAAAAAGCUCAGAGAAUCAAAGAACUUGAACAGGAACGGGAGGACCAGAAAGUCAAGUGGCAACAGUUUAACAACAGAGCCUAUUCUAAAAACAAAAAAGGCCAGGUCAAGAGGAGUAUUUUCGCUUCCCCUGAGAGUGUAACUGGCAAGGUUGGAGUUGGAACUUGUGGAAUUGCAGACAAACCUAUGACACAGUAUCAAGAUACCUCUAAAUAUAAUGUCAGGCAUUUGAUGCCUCAGUAACAGGGGAAAAAGGUGGAACUUCAUCUCUGCAGGGCUUUACACUUAUCUUUUUAUCAUUAUAUUUUUCUAAAAGUAAAUUAUUUGUUGGCACAUAGUGAGUAGUCCAUUUUGUCACCAUCACUUUGGCUUCAGCUGAUAAGAGCCUUAAAUCUCCAGCUGUUGAUUCAAUGCCCUCGAUCAUCAUUAAAACAUUUUGUAAGUUGCAUUAAAAUACAUCCUGCAGGUAAAUGCUUUCAUGAACAGUUGUUACCCAUGACUCUGAAAGCAGUAAGUUGUCUGCAGCUUUGAUCUCUGGAAUCUUCAGUUCAUACUAGUAGAGAAGUUUGAGUUUUUUUCCAUAAGAAAAGUGGUGGUAUGAAAAUGGCACCUUAGCAGCCUCCCUUGUUUCUGUAGUCACGGUGCUGUCUGCUGCCUCAGCAACAAGCUUAGCAGGAGAGAGAGCUGGGCUCCAUCAUAGCUUAUAUGUCACAUGGAAUAGCUAAGGAAGUUCCAAAUUACUCCCUUACAAAUUUACUGAAGAUCAAUUUGUACAGCUGUAAAUGAGGGCAGAACAGAGCCAAAAGGAUCUUUAUUACUAAUGAUGAUUUCGUGUGCUAAAAACAAUAAAUCUGACUUUAAUUUCAGUCUGAAUUUCCUGUGCUAUAAGUUAAGCACAGGAGAUAGUUUGUUGGUUUUUUUUUAAAUACUCAUCAAAUUUCAAUAGGAAGUUAUUGAAAGGUUAUAGAAAUGUAACCAGAUAUCCAUAGGACAACGCUCCAGUUUCAAAGUAGAGAACUGUUCUUAAAAAUAUCCACCCCUCCACAAGGACCAGAGUUGGAGAACAUAGGUGGUUGUGCUUUGGAAAGGAGCCAUCAUCUCCUCUCUUGUAGGUCUUUCAUGUUUGAUAGCAGGGUCACAGACCUGGAGUACACAGCAGUGGCUUUUGGGGCCUCCUCCAUCCAGCCAAGUAGAACUACAGCACAGUGGGUACAAAUGCCUCAGUCCCACUGAGCUCUGAGUGAGUAAAUGUUGGUCUGAAGUUUCUGUCCAGCAGUAGUUGACUGGCCCUGGUGUUCACUUUAACUUCAGCUGUAUCACAGUGCUGCUGUGAACCCUUUCAGUUUUUUUUCAGGAAACUGUGUGUAAAAGCUCUUGGUUUCUUGUAUUUUCUAUGUGAUUUGCUUUCCUCUGUUACUUAUCUCUCACGGUAGUGGUGCCAUCUCUGAACCUGUAAUGUGUUUAAAGACGUUAAUGGGUAGCCCUGUAUACAAUGUAGAUAUUAUUUUUGUAAAAUCUAGGGCUGAGUUAAUGGACAAGAGUACAUCAGGUAUUUCCCCCAUUAAAUAAUUAAAGGGUGUUUCUUGUCCAUUAACCCUGACCAUUAUUUCCCUGUAUAUUAUGUUAAUGUAGCUCAUUUUGUAAUUUGUUAACUAGAUCAGGUCACGUCAGCAAUUGUUGAUGCACUGAUUGGUGGAAAUGUCCAUCAGUUACCUGAGUCACAACUCAAGCUAAACUCUACAACUGGUAGUUUAGAAUCCAUACAUAGAAAAAGGUUCUCCCUAUAAUGGGAGAAAGUGAUUUUUAUGAAUACAAAGUGUGUUAAUUUCAGUUUUGUAUGUUUAACUUUUAUUAAAUAAAGUGUUUAAAAUCUGCUGGA